AUGGUUGGAAGAAUGGGAGACCCCGCUUCUGAUGGUGACCUUACUUUUCAGCUCAACCCCGCAGCGCUCGAGGGUUCGUUUCUGCUCAAUGAACAUUCAUACGACGACUACCUGGAUGACGUUUUGAACGGACAGGACGUGUCGUUCGCCAUCCAGCCAAUAGCUAGAAGUACCCCUGCUUUGCGAAAGUUUGUUUCAACUAAACUACCUGCAUUCUCUCUGGCCCGAAAUAGGACCCAAGCUCUGUCCACGUUGAAUAUCAAUGCGACACCGGAGUCAGCGCGUACUCCCCCUGUCGAUGGAAAUGUGGCUAUAUUGCGUAAUGAGCAAUCCGAACUGCCUCCUGAUGCUGCCAUGAAAUCGGGACGCGUGACAGAGAAGGAGAACGCAUCAAUCCCUCAGCAACAGCUUGCAUUCACAGCGAUACCCCAACCCCGACCUCAGCGCCUGCCUGACAAUGGCCCUACGAUUUCGGCCAAACUUCCACAUAAAUCAGUGGCUACUUCUCACUCCCGUAACCCAAGCGCGUCUGGGAUACCUGUCGCUACUGGCGCAGCCAAAUCUGUCUCAGCUGCCCGACUCGCAAACGCGUUCUCUGCGUUCGACUCGCUCUCUGCCGAGUCGCCACGGCCAAAACGAAAGCACCCAGAAUCAUCAAGACUCCCGGUGCCUUCUGCGCCCCGCAUCAUAACUCUACCACAUCGAACAGAAUCCUUGACGACAAUUACCCCCAAGGCCCCCACUGAGUCUUCUGGGAGGGUUUCUGUUGCGGAAACUUCCGAAACUCCCAUCCCACUGUCAGCACCGGCUACGAACGAUGAAGCAUCAGCUGCUGCCGCCAUCCAUUCCGAGCUACCUCCAUCAAGCCCACCACUUGUCGCGGAACCUAAUAACACCGACGAGGAUGAGUACGCUGACUUGUACCUACCGAGUGAACCGGUCGACACUGCCAAAGACGUUUUUCUCGGUCUGGGCUGGGAGUCGGAUUCUCCUUCCCUCAGGAGGGACCAGUUGGAUCCUAUGGAAAACCAGCAUACGUCCCUUGGGCCUCCACUUUCCGAUGGCAUGGGUCAGAGCAGACCUACACCCCCUGUCGGAAUUGGUCCGCAACGUACUUCAAUCCCAUUGACCCCACCUACCCCUUCCAGCCCGCAUGAGAGGACACCUCGUCGGCAGUCGAACGUGUACGAAGCAGAGCCUCGGCCCCAGACGGAAGCUCUGGAAAGCAAUGAACUCUUGGUGCCUGAACCAUCUGCCCCUCUCACCCCUAGCCCAAUGCGUCGUGUUGGAGCCGUGCCAGCACUUGGUUGGACGCUAUCACCAACUGUCCCUGGACCCCCGACUGUUUCACUUGCGGAACUGGAUACCCAAGAACUAACUAUUCUGGGUGACCGUGGACCGGUCCGUUACACAACUCCCCCUCCCCCUCUCCCUUCACUGCAAGCCCCCGUGUAUGGUGAAGUUGUUGAUCAUGCUGAAAUUGGAUCUCAAGCUGUCGUCUCCGUAUCAAACGAUGGAUACCCAUUCCAAAAUCCAAUUCAUGAUGCGAUGACCAAAACAGAAUUCUCGGCAUCCCAACUCCUGCUUCCGAAAUCACCUGAAGGUGCAAUCAAAAAGAAAGCUUCCUCGAAGUCCCUUCGUACAUCCAAGUCUGCUCCUAAAUGGGUCAUACCAAUUGGGGAUUCGUCUAAGGUGGCGUUGCCCCCUGAUUCUGAAGGUUCAAUGGCACGUCCUGCUCAGUCCCGUAUCACUCAAUUGGGGUUCCGCUCUGCUUCUCACGAACAUUCAGUUAGUGUCAAGUUGAAAGGAAAAGACAAAGAGGUUGUUGGGCCAUCCCUACCUAGUCGUACUACUUCAAAUCCCUUGAAUCCCCAUCUAUCUGACGUUUUGGUCGCCGGCCACUCUCGGAGGGGCGCAGAAUCCAACACGGACCAUCCAAUUGGCCAACAAAGUCGGCCAGAGGCUCUCAUAAAGGCACCGUCACCAGCUCUACACAACGCCAAGGGCAGUAGUAGCUAUGAUGAUUCUGCUACAAGAGUCGCUCAUGAAGGUGACGCUCAUGAUCUUGACACAUUUCAAUCAGAGUGGUGUUCCCAUCCUCAUGACGAUGCUCACAUUCCAGACAAGGUGAGUGAAGCGGAGAGUUCUGGGAGUGGUAAUCACGGUAAGGAGAUCGCGGUAUCAUGGUAUCUUCCUUCACUCAUAAUUGCCCCAGACGCUCUGGAAGUUCGAGAAGGAUUCAAGGGGCCGAAAGAUGGUGUACAGGUGAUGGGGUCUAGAAUGCAAGAGCAGAGCAGGAAUGGGGCGCCUGGAUUGGCGUUCCGUAGGGGCGUAGCCAAGCCAAGCAGUUCUAGAUUGAGUCACCAAGAGCUCAUAAAAAAUCCAAAGGACCACAACGGAGAUUCAAGAAAUAUUCCAAGGUCCGGGACAAAGGGAAUGGAGACUGAUGCCAAAGCAGCUCAGGUUCCGGAACGAGCGCCUACUUCCUUCAAGCAAAAGCAGACCGUUCGCAGUACCUCUUUGACUCGUCCGACUCUAACUUCAUCCAGCAGACCGGUCUCAUACUCUGAUUUACGCACUGAACUCAACGCUCGACAGAUACGCCGUAAGGAGUCCGUUCGUGCCGAGCCCCCCAGACGACCCGAGCGUGUGGUCACUCAUGCCACUGAGAACGUACGUGAUCGGCAACGAAGAAAGAAACGUGUACCCGUACCAGUUCCUGCGGAGGUGAGGGCGGAGUUACUCCAAUCCGUUGUGAAAUUUUCUCAGGUGGAUGGAAAUGGAUCGAGGGGACGUACCACAAUAGACAUAUCCCCGAGUGACAACGAAAGCUGUGAUCUGCAUUUGGGCCCCGUGGAAGAUUCAGAGCCCGAAACGCCCCGUAUGACACAGACCAUUGAUCGCGAAACACCCCAUGAGAUGGAUGCAGUGGACAAGUCAGGCGAUGAGUCUGCUGCAGAAGAUGUGGGGACGUCAGCACAUCGGGUGGGUGCUACGAUACGAUUAAAAGAGGCCCCCCUCCGUUCUCUUUUAGAGCAGGAAUCCCAAUUAUCUUCGGACAGCGGUGAGGAGCUGCAGAACUUGGAAGUUGCAGACAUGGAAUGCAGACAUGCGGACUCAGAGGACGCGCCGCACUCCUCGUCGACUCCAUCUGGAAAUUCUGGCAACAAAAGGCCAUCGUUGGAGUCUCCUAUCCGCAACAGGAUUUCACUCACUAAAAAGACUAGAGUUGACAGGCUGCCCUGGCACGAUCAAGUAGAACGCUGUCACAGUGGUACUUCCACCGCUUCUGCCAUCAUCAUUCAAGAUGAUACCGAUGUUGAUGGAAAUGAAGCUCCAGUCCAGUCGGUCUCGCCAAUAUCCCCGUUGCACGUCCUUAAGCGCGGUCAGAAGAGGACUUCUGCGGGCUCAGAAGAUGACUUGGGCCUUCACAAACGACCCCGACUCCUGCCAGAUAAUCCCCGCCGUAUCGUGUCCCAUGACGCCGUUUUUGCUGGCCCUUCCUCCAAAGGACCCCCUAGGGGGCCAGCGCAUCGUCCGCUCGCCAUGCCCUUCUCCGCUCCGAUUCCUGGCGAAGCAUCUCGCCAACGAGCACUGGAACGACUCAAAAGGAACGAGGAGCGCGAUAAAAGACAAGGGGAUGAGCGUCAUCCACACCCGCGGGAAAGGGUUGUCAACUCCUCUCAACAGAAGGCAAUUUCAGACCCCAUUUUCGGAGCGAAGAAAACCAUCGUCCAGCCCUUCAAUUUCACUCUCGACGCUCGUGCAGCGCAGCACCGCGCUCAGUUCCAGGAACGCCUUGCUCAAUGGGAACAGCGAUCUCGAGAGGCCAUGGAAGCAGCGGAGGCAGCAAAACGCUUCGUCUUACCUAACUAUGCCACGCGGCAGGCGGAGCACUUUGCCAGAAUCCAAGCAGCAAGGAAAGCCGCGAAGUCUAAAGUAACCCGCCCGAAAACUCCCGGGCUGCGUACCAAGAUGAGAGUUAUAGAGCGCCAUGCCUUUGAUGAGGUCAUCAGAGCUAAAGAAAAGGCCACUAUUGCUCUCAGAGAAGCGAAGCGUUUAGAACAAGAAGAACAGGAGCGAAGGGAGGUCAAGCUGCUUCGCAAACAAUUGGAUCAAAAUGUCAAAGCCCAUCCUAUUCCGUACUGGAAUCGCAUCGACGAUGAAAUUGAAAUUUUGGAAAACGGAAAGUAA